CUUAAGGUCAGUGUCACCCACCCUCUCAGAUUUUGAUGAAUUUUACAAUAUAUAUUCAGUCCCAGGAGAAACCACCUCACCCAAAAUUUCAGCACAAUAGGUUAAGGCGUUCCAGAGAUACGGCCAGUCAAAAGUUGGCUCAUUUUAGGGUGUGGUCCGCCCAAAAUUUGUGCCAGCAAUAAAUAAUAACAUUCAAAGUCCUGUGAAAGUUUUUUUUAUCACAAUUUUUACAUCAAAUUAUCAACACAGUACAUUCUGAUAGUGCAGAUUUCAAAUAUGACCACCAAAACAUCAACAAAGCAAAGCUAGUUACUCAAAAAGUAGGUUAAAAGUUUAUAUUAGACUUCUUAGAUUUUGUGACUAGCCAAUUUGAAUGUCAUUUUUUGCAAAGUCUGCAAAAUUUUCAAGAAUUGAAAAUAGUACCAGCUGAAGGCUCUUGAAUUGGGCUUUUUAACCAUAUAAAUAUUAUCAUUUGUAUAUUCAGCAUUACUGAGAUUAUUUUAGUUAUAAAAGAGUAAUAAAAUUUGCGAAACUUGCCUCACAACCAUUCUGUAUGCCAAAUGACUGGCAAAAUAUUUGUCAAAACAUAUAGCAUUUUUUUCAAAAACAAAUAGAAGUAGAUGCCUAAGAUGAAAACUAUUACUAAUCAACUUCAAGAUACCAUUUCUUAUGUUAAAAACUUCUGGAAUGCUUUGUUAAUGUUGUUUAAAUAAGUAGGUUUAAUGGGCAGAAAGCUGCAAUUUCAGUAUGUUCUGCUCUUUCAAUUCUUUCAGAAAGUUGUUAUGAUAUCAUUAACUCUCUAUUUCCUGUUACCUACACCAAAGCUUAUAUAAACAGGAAACUGUUCUGUGGGCGUGGAAAUAUUGUUUCAAGAAAUCUCCUAUGAAUGAUAUGUUAUUUCCUGAAAGGAAGUUGAUUGCUGUGUAGAAAAGCUUGUAUACCCUUAAAAAUGUUGAUGUUCUAGUUUACCUUUGACUUUCAAUGCUGAAACAUGGUAGAUCUGGAAGCUCAUAGUUCAUGUGACUUUGGAAAGUAUUUGAAAGAACCUUGUCAUAAAACACAUUUCACUACUAAAAUUGGGUUAAAAGAUUUUAAUGACUAUGAUGAUGACCUGAAAGAGAUUUAUUUGUGGAGAGCUGGAACAUUAUCUCUUGAGAAUGAGCUGAGGGUGAUGAGCAUUUGCUUUCACCAUGAAUGGAAACUGGGAGCAGACUUUGAAAGGAGAUUUACAAAAUGCUGCAAUUUACUCAAGAAUAACAAAAAAAGUGUUAAAGGUGGUCAUAAAAUUUCCCUUGCACUGGCUAGACAGCUAAGAGCAAACAAGUUUGUGUGUGUUCCAGGGUGGCAGCUUUGUCGAAAUUGUUUAACAAAGUUGGAACAUUUGGAGAAAGAUAAUGUAAUGACUGAAUCUCAUGAUAAAGAACCAAUGGAUUUUGGUGAAACUGACCUUGAAUCAUCCUUCAGCAGAUUUGAAUCUACAGAAGCUAUCAAUGAAAGUUUGGAGGUUUUGGGAGAAUCACCAAUAAAGCUGCACAGUGUACCCAAGCAUCGUCGUCUUGCUUAUGCCAACUCAAAAUUUGAAGCAACGGUUACUUCAUUCAAGCAAUCAUUUGCUGCAGCCGUUGGAGUCCAAAAGGAGAAGAUAAUGGAGGCAGAGGCACCCCAUUUAAGCCGAAUUGUAAUGACCAAAGCUAAUGACUUUGAUAAACUGAUGGAACAGAUUCGUGAUAAAUUGUCAACUGCUUCUUCCAGUGAGAAAGUCCAGCUACUCACACUUACACCAGAAUCUUGGAGCAUAAAGGAGACGUCUUCUUAUUUUCAAAUAUCUGAAUAUUUUGUAAAACGUGCCCGUGAACUUAAAACAGAGCAGGGUAUCUUAGCUUGCCCAGGAAAAAAGAAGGGCAAAGAGCUUCCCAGCAGAACAAUUGAGGCAGUAAAUUCAUUUUUUGAGGAUGAUGAAUUUUCAAGAAUUAUGCCAGGGAAAAAAGAUUUUGUGAGCAUCAGUCAUAACACUCACAAACAAAAACGCCUUCUUUUGUGCAACCUUAAGGAGUUAUAUGCAACCUUUGUUAGUCAACAGCCUGACAUCAAAAUUGGAUUCUCGAAGUUCUGUUCCCUUCGUCCAAAAUGGUGCAUCACUGUUGAUUCAAAGGGAUCUCAUUCUGUUUGCGUGUGUGUCACACAUCAAAAUGCAAUUCUGCUUGUUGAUGCUAUAGAUCUGGACAAAACCUACAAAGACUUAAUUGACAUGAUAGUUUGUGAUCGAGAUAGCAAAACCUGCAUGAUACAUAGGUGUGAUGAUUGCCCAGGUACACAGUAUCUUCAAAAUUUCCUAAGUGAAACUCUUACAAGUGCAGACGAGGAAAUAUCUUUCCAGCAAUGGCAGAGUACUGAUAGUACAAAACUUAUAAGCCAGACUCUAGAUUUAGAAAGUUUCAUUGACCAUGUAGUAAAAACCAUUGAUAGAUUGACUUCACAUUCAUAUCUGGCAAAAUGUCAAGCAAGGUAUUUGAAGAUUCGCAAAGAACAAAUUGGAGAGGAUACAGCUAUUGUAUUAGGUGAUUUUGCAGAGAACUACAGUUUUGUGGUGCAAGAUGAGGUCCAGUCUUACCACUGGAGCAAACCAUGCUGUACCUUGCACCCACUUGUUUUAUAUUUCAAAGAAGAUGAGACACUGAUGCAGAACUCCUUCUGUAUUUUAUCAGAUGAUCUGGAACAUGACACCAGCUUGGUAUAUCAGAUUCAAAAAGAAUUAACACAGGUCAUCAAAACUAAAUUGCCAAAAAUAUGCAAACUAGAAUAUUUUUCUGAUGGUUGUGCUUCCCAAAACAAGAACUACAAAAAUUUCUUGAACUUGACACUCCAUCAGCAAGAUUUUGGGUUAUCUGCAAACUGGACAUUCUUUGCAUCAAGCCAUGGCAAGUCCCCCUGCGAUGGCAUCGGAGGAGCAGUUAAGAGACUGACAGCUAGGGCAAGUUUACAAAGACCAAUUUCACAACAGAUUUUAACUGCAAAGGAUAUGUUUCUCUUUUGCAGUGAAAAUAUAAAUAACAUAAGUUUCAUUUUUAUAACAAAAGAGGAAAUGAUGUCAGUCAGAGAGGGCUUGGAAGACCGUUUUGCCUUGGGAUCAACAGUACCAGGAACAAGAAGCUUUUGA